GUGCGCGGAGCAGCUCGCGCUCGCUAGGAGUAAGGAGCCGCGCAGCGCUGCCUGGGAGCUCCGCAUCUCUGACAUGGAUCCGGACGCGAGGCGAGCCUGAGGAGCGUUCUCGCCGCGCGGGACGGGGGGAGGGAGGGGAAGACGGGAGCGCUGGAGCCGCGUCAGGAGCGCCAACUCACCGCAGGAGUCUCGGACCCCGCGCGUGGCCCCAGCGACGGCACUGCUCCACUUCACUUCAGUCCAGUCCACUUCACUUCACUUCACUCCACUCCACUCCACAACCCAACCCACCAUGUCCAAGAGUCUGAAGAAGAGGAGCCACUGGACGGGCAGGGUGCACGAGGUCGUGCUCGGCAGGAGCGCGGAGCGCGACCUCGGCUUCGAGCUCAAGGGGGGCGCCGAGAACGGGCAGUUCCCGUUCGUGGGCGAGCUGAAGCCGCCGCCGGGCAGGGCGCAGUGUCACAGCGGCAAGCUGUCCCAGGACGAGCUGCUGCUCGAGGUGAACGACACGCCCGUGGCCGGACUCACCACGCGGGACGUGCUGGCCGUGGUGCGUCACUGCAAGGAGCCGCUGCGCCUCAAGUGCGUUAAACAAGGAGGCGUCAUCGACAAAGACCUGCGGCACUACCUCAAUCUCCGCUUCCAGAAGGGCUCCGUGGACCACGAGCUUCAGCAGAUCAUCCGGGACAACCUUUACCUCCGCACCGUUCCCUGUACGACAAGGCAGCCUAAGGAAGGGGAGGUCCCGGGGGUGGACUACAACUUUGUGUCCGUUGACCGGUUCAUGGAACUGGAGAAAAGUGGGGCUUUGCUGGAGAGUGGAACGUAUGAAGAUAACUAUUACGGCACUCCCAAGCCCCCAGCCGAACCCGCACCCCUGCUCCUGAAUGUAACGGACCAGAUCUUGCCGGGCGCCCGACCCAGUUCACAGGGGAAGCGCAAGCGCAACAAGUCCGUCAGUAAUAUGGAGAAGACUGGAAUUGAGCCCCCUGAGGAAGAGGAGGAGGAGAGGCCUGUCGUCAACGGCAACAGUGUUGCCAUAACCCCAGAAUCAAGCGAGCACGAGGACAAAAGUACCGAUGGCUCUGGAGACAGUGCUCCCCAGCCUUGCUCAGCCGAACCUGCAACUUUCACCUCUUCGGAGACACCAAAGGAGCAGGGUGACACCCCAAAAUCGCUGCCCAAGCCAGAGGAGAAUGAUGACCUGGGGCCUUUGCCGGAAAACUGGGAGAUGGCAUACACGGAAAAGGGAGAGGUCUAUUUCAUAGACCACAACACCAAGACCACAUCGUGGCUGGACCCUCGGCUUGCAAAGAAGGCUAAGCCCCCCGAAGAAUGCAGCGAGGACGAGCUUCCAUACGGCUGGGAGAAGAUUGAUGACCCCAUAUAUGGCAGCUACUAUGUUGACCACAUAAACCGAAGGACACAGUUCGAGAACCCUGUCCUGGAGGCGAAGCGACGGCUCCAGCAGCAGCAGAUGCAAAACCAAGGCCUGUCUUCACUGCCUCUCCCGGCCGUCUACCGAGUCGAGGAGGGCUCCUCCUCAUCAACAUUACCUAGGCCCAAACUGGCUCAGUUGGGCCCCGCCCCCGAACGUUCCCGCAGCCUCACCGACCUGUCCGAGUUUCCUGACGGCAGGGCAGGAGUUUUCGGCUUGCAUGAGAAGCCCCUGUUCACGCGAGACCCCACCCAGCUGAAGGGUACCUUCCUGUCCACCACCCUGCAGAAGAGCAACAUGGGCUUUGGCUUCACCAUUAUCGGGGGGGACGAGCCAGACGAAUUCCUGCAGGUGAAGAGUGUCAUUCCAGAUGGCCCAGCUGCGCAGGAUGGAAAGAUGGACACAGGUGACGUGAUUGUUUACAUCAAUGAUGUCUGCGUGUUGGGAACCACCCAUGCUGAUGUGGUCAAGCUGUUCCAAUCAGUACCCAUUGGCCAGAGUGUUACACUUGUGCUGUGCCGCGGGUACCCCUUGCCCUAUGACCCUGAGGACCCUGCUAGCAGCGUGCUCUCCCCCAUGGGACUCAUGGAACGCCCUUUGAUGGUGAAUGGAAGAAGCAGCUAUGACAGCUACAUGGAGUACAUCUCGCGGACGGCACGCUUCAUGCAGGAGCACCCUGACCAACUGUCUUCUCUGCAACAGCAGCAUCCUCCACAGGCACAUCCUGGCGACACCCACCUGGAUGCCCCUCUUGAGGAUAACAUCUCCAUGGCAUCAUCAGGUGCUGCCCCACCUGAGCUGCUCACCAUCACCAUGGUGAAGGGGGCUGAUGGGUUUGGGUUCACCAUUGCGGAUAGCAGCACUGGGCAGCGCGUCAAACAAGUAUUGGAGCCUCAGGGCUGCCCAGGGCUCCAGGAAGGGGACCUCAUUGUGGAGAUCAACCAGCAGUCUGCCCAGGGCCUCAGCCACACCCAGGUUGUGGAGCUGCUCAAAGAGUGUCCUGUGGGGGCCGAGGCCACCCUUUUCAUACAGCGUGGAGGAACAGGUCACUUUUCACCCUGGAAGACCCCUAAACAGGUGCUGGAGCAGUGGGACCUCCAGAGCAGCCCGCAGACCAGUCUGUCUGCCCCUGUGGUCCCUCACAGCGUCCCCUUUCCAACACACCACCUGCACAGGGCCUCCAUCCCUGACUCUACCGAGGGCUUUGACCUGAACAAGCCUGACCCCUAUGACCUCUAUGAGAAGUCCAGGGCUAUCUAUGAGAGUAGGCAGCCCGGCCUGCCACGGACAGCCUUCCGAGUGGAUUCCGCUGGGCCAGAUUACCAGGACAUAGAUGUCCACCUGCGCCGGCAGAAGUCUGGGUUCGGGUUCCGGAUCCUUGGGGGAGAUGAGGCAGGACAGCCUGUGAGUCCGGAGACCCGUGACAAGAUCCUGAUUGGAGCAAUCAUUGAGAAGAGUCCAGCGGACCGAGAUGGGCGGCUUCGUCCAGGGGACGAGCUGCUGUUUGUAGAUGGGAUCCCAGUGGCAGGGAAGACACACCGACAUGUCAUUGACCUGAUGCAUGGGGCUGCCCGUAAUGGUCAAGUCAACCUGACCGUGCGGAGGAGAGUUCAGGGAGCAGCGCCACCCACAGGCGAGCCAUGUCCUGAGAACGGCCGGAGCCCAGGCUCUGUGUCGACACAGCACAGCUCUCCAAGGAGUGAUUUUGCUUCGGGCUCAUUUCCCAGCAACUGCGGUGGUGGCGGCAGCGGAGGCAGCCCAGCUCCUCCCCCAGCCGCAGGCGCUGGCCCCAACCCCCCAGAGGUUACCCCACCCCAGGGCAUGCAGACCAGCGACGUUGUUAUCCACCGCAAAGAGAAUGAGGGCUUUGGGUUUGUCAUCAUCAGUUCGCUGAACCGCCCAGAGUCCAGCGUGACUAUCACUGUGCCCCACAAGAUCGGUCGCAUCAUUGAGGCCAGCCCAGCCGACCGUUGCGGAAAGCUUAAGGUGGGCGACCGCAUCCUGGCCGUUAACAACCAGUCCAUCAUCAAUAUGCCACAUGCUGACAUCGUUAAACUCAUCAAGGACGCAGGACUUAGUGUUACGCUUCGAAUUGUGCCACAGGAAGAGAUGAACAGCCCCCCAUCGGCACACAGCUCGGAGAAGCAAAGUCCUAUGGCCCAGCAGCAGAGUCCUGUAGCCCAGCAGCAGAGUCCUGCUCCCCAACCUAGUCCUGCUCCCCAGCCCAGUCCUGCUCCCCAACCUAGUCCUGCUCCCCAAACCAGCCCUGCCACUCAGGCCAGUCCUGUGGCUCAGCAGAGCCCUGUUACCCAGGUGCCUGCCCCUCCACCCCAGCUCUACAGUCAUGAAAGCAGCUACAGGUCAGAGGUGAAGGCAAGGCAGGACGUGAAACCCGACAUCCGGCAGCCCCCGUUCACUGACUACCGACAGCCGCCAGUGGAUUACCGACACCCUCCUGUGGUGGACUACAGACAACCUCCUACGCUGGACUACAGACAUCCGCCCCUGCUGGACUACAGGCAACAUUCCCCUGAUGCCCGGCAGUUCCCAAUCCCAGAUUACAGACAGCCACAGGACUUUGACUUCUUCACUGUGGAGCUGGAGAAGAGUAUGAAGGGCUUUGGCUUCAGCAUUCGUGGUGGAAGGGAGUACAAGAUGGACCUGUUUGUGCUGCGGCUGGCUGACGACGGGCCUGCAGUCCGCAGUGGCAGGAUGAGGGUGGGGGACCAGAUUAUAGAGAUCAACGGUGAGACCACCAGGGACAUGACCCACACCCGUGCCAUUGAGCUUAUCAAGUCGGGUGGGCGCAGAGUGCGGCUGCUACUAAAGAGGGGCACGGGCCAAGUCCCGGAGUAUGACAGUCCCACCUCCUGGGAUGCUCGGCCUGCAGCCUCCCCAAGUCUGUCGGAAGUAGCCCCUCCCCCUGAUGCCCUGACCAUGCCAUCACCUUCAUCACUUUCGGCCCCGCCCGCUGACCCCCAUCGCCUGCUCCCCUUGGAGGUGGGCCGGGAGUCGGCGCGCGAGAGCAAGACGGAGUGCUCACUGAGCCCCGGCAUAGCGGACCCGCUCAGCACUGAGCAGGCAGGGUUGGGGAGGGGGCUAGCCGGACACAGCACCAGCACCAGCUCCAGGGGCAAGCAGAAGGAGGGCAGCAGGUCCACGUGCCGGCACAGGGGUGCAGCUGAACAGGGCAUCACCGAGGGCCUGACAGGUCAUGGUGAGCAGGCUCAGGAGCCCCAACCUAUCAGAGGAUCCAGGGGAAGGUCCAAAGAGAAGAAAGGAGCAGAGAGUGGUGCCAUCUCCAGAGAGGAGAAGAGAUCGCCACAGUCCCUGAAAAACACUGUGCUCUUGGACACAAAUUCCAAUGUGAAUGGGGGCAACCAGAGCAAUGGGGGGAGCACAAACCAGCCGGUGCAAGAGAAGCCCGGCCCCAGGGACAUGGACAGAGUCCCCGGCAAGGGCCAUCCCUGCCGUACAUCAAAGGGCACCGACAGUGGUGGCACCGCAGCAGGCAGGAAGGCCACCGUGUCACCAGGGCCCUGGAAGAUCCCCGGAUCGGACAAGCUGCCGAGCACACUGCGGUCCGGGACAUCCACUGUGAGCAGAUAACGCCAUUAACACUCAGCAGGACAGAACAAGACAGGGCAGGACAGGCCAGACCAAACUGGGUGGAAUGAGACCAGAGCGCUCCAAAGCAGGCUAGACCUGGCCAAGGCUCCACAGACCUGCUCCACACUCUGCCACUUGAUGCCAGAUGCAAGAGGAAUUAUUCCACAUUUUUGAGAAUUUUUAAUUUAUAUUGUAUUUUAAAUUAUUUUGCGAUAUUACACCCACCACCUUAAAAACUGGAAACAUCUAUUUUAAAAAAAAUUAAAUUAAAAAAAAAAAAAAAACUGAAUGUUUGCAGCAUGAUGGGGUCUUAGUGCUGAAGUGCUACAUCCAAACAGAAUAUUGUCACAUGACAGCUCAGUGGGACAGUUCCCUGGGAAUGGGUCGUUCUUUCGGACGGUCACCGCUGGCAUUCUGCCGACUCUUGUUUGCACUCGGGUUGCUUACAUGAAGGAUCUUUGUCCGAAGAGGCAGAGUGUGAAAGCGGGUUUGCGUGACAUCUGCAUCUGCAUCACUGAAGUGCAGUAAUGAAAUCAACGAGCAUACAGUACGCGAAGGAGCUUGUCCAUCAACAGAACUCUGCCUUAAACAAAACUGUUGCGAUAGCACUAAGAUAUCUCUAAUAAUGAGUACUCUAGAUGUAUAGAUAUAGAUAUAUAAAUAUAUGAAAAAACCAUGUAAAUAAGAUCAUUUCAGAGUGUAAGCAGAUGAGCGUACUAGCGCUUUCUGAGACACUGCUCAAGCCAGAGGAGAUGAGUGAUGGAGCGUGGUGCUGAAUGGACCGGUCUUUCCACCGUCUCUCAGACCACAGUGGGACGGCCUUGCGAGGACGCGCUGGAAGGAGGAACAACUGGACACAAGCGGACUUCUCUUCAUAUUGUCCAGAUUCUGCUUGUUGAGUGAUUAGGUCUCAGUUUUUGCUGUAGUUCAUGAGCCAAGCCACUGUGGUGGGAAUCGUCCAGCCAGGGUGUGGGUGGGGGGAGGGGGGAGGGCGAAUGGCCGACGAGAGGUGGGGCAGAGUGCCUUAAGAGGAGGGGUAAGUGCAGAGCUCGGGGUGGUGUGUCUCACAGUGGAAUCGUGGCCGACGCGCGCACACAGACGAUGCUGCGAGGCCCAUUCUUCGAGUGUAAGGAGAGAACGGAGCGGCUCGGUCGCGGGCGAUACACUCUUUCUUCCUCAUGCUCUCCUGUACGUUCCCGGUUACACGUCCGGUGUCUCGGCGUAGGUCAGCAACCUCCACAAAGUCAGACUGCACCAAAUAAUGUUGUUCUCGGAAUUCAUUGCUUUACGCCAGCUCUGUUUCAUUGUUAUCGCUUACAUGUUCCAAGUACCCAAAAUGCAGGACGAAUGAAUGGAAUGGUCGCUGGGAGCACUAAUGUUUUUCUCAUCUCUGUGAGGGCGAAGAGCUCAUUGUAGCUGCCGGCGGAAGGAAGUAGCAGAUUGGUGGUCCAGCUCAGUGUUUUGCAGGUCUCUUCUUUAACCUUGAGCUAGAUUGGAGAGACUGGGGUUCUGUGACGUGAUGGGACGGGGGAGGGGCAAAACCCUGAGCUUCACUCAGAAAGGGUGCAAACACAGCAAUCUGUAGCACCCCUUUGUGGACACACAUGAUGGUGCAGAGGUAUAUAGCCUGUUGCUGCACACCAGGGCUUUUCCUUGUGGCGAGCUUGAGUCUCCCUAUAGAAAGGCACCAAGGUUUUCUUCAUGUCUGACUGACUG